AUGGUUUACCAUCAAUCAAAUGGGUCCUCGACUCUUCUACGAGAUUUCCGAUUCUGCGACGAAUUACCUACGACGCCAGAGCCGAUGAGUACCGAAGAACCUUUACAACCAUCUCCACCUCGACCAGCACGAUUGAGACUUCGAUGUAGGAAUGUUUCCAACAUACAAGCAUCAACCGAGCAAUUUCUAGCUUCAGUCGCUGCCGCAGACCUCCCUGUUCCCACAAUCGAGCUUGCAGGCGUGCAUGCAGUAGAAGACAUGGAAAUGGCUGACCCUCCAGAAUCCACCAACACCGCACUCCUUGCACCACAUUCAAUGCCACAACGUGGUGUUUCUCCACCCAAGACGCCCAUUCCCGAACUCUCCAUGGGUGAGGUAGCAUUUCGGCCUGACUGGUCCAUGGACGAAGAUUACCGUAGACCAACAUCAUCCCACUCCAACACUUCCGACUGCUCUUACGAUUCCUUCUAUAGCGGCAGCAGAAGAUCACGUCGAUCUGAUGAUGGUAGUUGUACCAGUCCAGACUCGGACGUCGAGGACCCUUUCCAGUUCCCAUCCGUCUCGAAGGGAAAAUCAAAAGCUUACCUCAAGGAGCCAUUUGAGCAUGACGAAUUGAAUAAGGAUAUCAAGCGCAAGUCUCGAAAUAAUGCACCAUGGUCAAAGGCAAUGAGCAGUCAUCUGUGGUCGGUUUACCUUACCUAUCUUCAAGAUCCUACGGUUACACCGUUCCGCAUAGGCGCCAGUGCUAUACCACCAGAAGGGGUUUGCCACCGUGUCGCCAGAGAAGCCAGAAGAAGUUGGAAAGGUCCGCAAAAUCCAAAGUCGGAUAGAAUCGCUUCAAUUUGGGCUCAGUCGGACAGCAGAGACUUUGCAAAUACUACUCCAAAGGCUGGAUCUUCCAAUGUGUAUGUCAAAUGGCCACAUUGCAGCAGUGCAACCCGAAACCAUCUUCGAGAAUUGUGCAAGAAGAAGGAUACUAGUGCUGUUCAACGACACCGGCAUUUGCAAUCACGCAGUCCCACCCCAUUUACAAGAGCCAUGUCUCCUCGCAACACAACACCUGAACCUUUCCCGCCUUUCCCCAGCACCAAGGAUAUUUCUAUAUCUUUGACAACGAGUAUCUCUACGACCAUGCAGUCCAAUGGGCCUUUGGCAAGUCUUGCAAACGACGAUCAAGCUCUCCCUACACCAGAUCUAAGCUUCUCCACUUCUACGCAGCCAUUCACCGACUUGAGCUUUUCUUUCGCUUCACCUGCACAACCAUCCCCACCACUAGAGCCUCAAGUUUUAGCAGUCAAUCAGAACAAGGUGAAUCAGAACCGAAUUCUUGGAUCACCUUUCAUGGCGCGCACAUAUGGACCAAGUUCUUCACAGUAUCUAAAUUCCUCGCCCCCUCUAAAAUCUUCACACACCGUCGCUCCUCGCCUUCGAUCACCUGUUCGCUUUGAAGCCUAUCACUCACGGUCCUUGCACGGAACUCAGAAGAGACGCGCUGAUACAUUAGAAGAAGACCUGGCUUCCAAUUCUGGUAUUCUUCGACCAAGUAUCCUGGAUCGGCAACUUUUUGGUACUCCUUUGGGUCACUCUAGACGUGUCAGAAGUCGUGGUUUCAGUCUUGGUGAUGAGGCCCUUCGUCAUCGUGCUCCUGUAAUCUUCAACCGAUCACCACCGAAUCUCGACCUUCAAUCUAGAAAUCAACCACCUACAUCUCAUCCAAUACCAUCACUCCUCCCACCUCCAGCAUUCGACCGACCACGUUUAGGAUCUCCAUUCUCCCCAUCGAGCAACACAUUUCCUCGUCGAGCCAAUCAAACCUCUCAAGCUACUAUCAAGAGAGGCGCUUAUGCCACUAUGCAUCAAAGUCGGCACUCAAUUAGCUCGGUCGAUUUUGGAGAAGACCCAAGAGCGAAAAGUCGACUUCAAGUACUCGAUGAGAAGCUCAAGGAAAUUCGGGAGCGGGAGGAAGCUGAUCAGAGAUGA